CAUAUUAGCUUAGAGACGAAUUAAAAUACACGUACGUAUUUUAUACGUAACUUUCCCGUACCAUAUUUUAUUAGCAAUGUUGUGAAGUAACAACAACAAUUACGGUAUGCAAUUUAACCUAAUAUUUUUUAGGGCGAUAUUUACUAAUUUUUAGAACCUGGAUGAAAACCCCCUAAAAAUACUCCUUGUACUCUAUUGUUAGGAUCAUUAAAGAAUAAACAAAACAUUUACCUUCAUCAAAAUCCUAAUCAUCUCGAUUUUGUUACUCCCCAUCCCCAAACUCUAAUUUUGCUCUAAUCUACCCAAAUUCUCCUCAAUUAAUAUUUUCUAAAUUUCUAACCUCGUUGCACGACCCAUUUUCUGCAACACACACUAUAUACUAUUGUAGAGAUAUACUAAGGUUUUUUCUUGGUGGGAAGAUAGAUUUUUAAUUAUCAGGCUGAUUAUAUACAACAGAAACCAUUAACAAUUCGUUGACGAUAUUUGCUUUAUUAGCGGGGUUUGGUAAUUGCAAAUGAUCAUGUGGGUUGCUUUUAGAGGCCGAAAUCGGAUCAUCAUCAUAGUCGUUUUGGAAGCGGACAAGAGAGCUUUACGAGCAAGAGGCAACAACGUAUGGGAUUUUGUCAGAACAUAGAGGUGGGGAGGCUUGGCCUUUUAAAGGAAAGACGUGAAUCAGGACACGAAAGGGAUCUCUCUCGCAUAUAUAUAUGAUCUCAUCUCCUUUGCAAACUUUGCUGGAAGUGCUUCCUACAACACCAUGGCCAACAAAAAGGGUACCUCGUUCUUUUUCACUGCUAGGGCAGAUGUCCCUUUGCCAUCAUCAUGUCAUUCGAUCGAUUUAUAUGAAACACGACGAUUUACGUACAUUGUUCUAGACCGUAAAAUAAUGUACUCGUUUGCCCUAUCCAGUAAUUAAGUUCUCCACUUAAAACUGUAACGAUGUCUCGCAUGAUCAUAUUAUUACAUAAUCAUCGUGAAGUAGUAUAUGUGUUUUAGUCUUUUUAUAAUCCAGAGCUGCAUGAGCAAUAGGUUUUACUUGUAAGUGGGUAACAUCUCUAUGACGAUGGGUUGAUUAAUUAGCUUGAUUUUUCUUUGUUUCUUUCCACCUCUACUCACUGUAGCUGAAUUCUAGCUUUUCCGGCGGCCAUGCUAAUCAUCAUUAGUUAAAAAAAGGAACUAAUAUCAAGCCCAAUUUCCCGGCGGCCAUCCUUUUUCUCCGGCGAGGAAAAAGGUGGAAGUUAGGAAGGAAGACGGCUACCAGUUAUUCUUGAGAAAUGAGAAUGAUAUCUGGUCUGGCUGGCUCAAAUUUAGUUGACAAUUUGACGUAAAGCACUAGACGCAUGAUUUAAUUUUCUCUUUUUUUUUUACUUUAAUUCACAUCCCAUACUGUAUGAUCCACCAGACCAGUACAUGUAAUAAUUAAUCAUCUAGCUAAGCUAAUCAUCACCACCCUUUUUACGACUCCACCCUCUGCUUCAUCAAAACAAGUAAAAAGAAGCAACUUCACUUCACCCCCAACAAAUUGUAAUUUUUAUUUUUUUUACCGUGUUACUGUGUGGAGGAUAAACUGUGUGAUGGGCGGUGCGGCGGCCGGCGGGCAGGCGGGUACUGUAUUAAUUUAACACCCCAUUUUCAGCCGAAUAAGGGCAAGGGGCGGGCAGGUGAAAAUCUGACACCACCCCCCCAAAAUUGGAUUUGGCCUUUGAAAAAAAAAAAGGAAUUCGGAUAAGCUUCAACUGCAUGCUUUCCGCAAUUGGUCAUUCAUUCCUUUUGGCAGCUGCUCAUGUAGUAAUAUGAAUUAAUUAAUUCAAGGCAGUAGUAAGAAUUAAAUGAAAGAAACCAGAUAUAGCUAGGGUUUUGGGGAUCUUGAACAUAGUGCCACGGCCACCUCUCCAAUGGCGCCAAUUAUGGCCUCUUUCUUAUAUCCAUUGAAUCCCAACGCAGAUUCCUACCUACCUAAGAGAAACCACAAGUUGGUCCUGCUCUGCAGCAGCAAACGUUUGGUUUUGGUGCUAAUUAGUGGUAAAUGAUGGCCAAUUUUAGAAUCACAAAAAAUAUCCACGUACCUACAGAAACCGCCUGGGUUUGAAAUGGUAGAACCAACGUAUCUUCCUCUUCCACCGACUAAUUAUUUGAUUCCACAUAUACCCAAGUUGUCACUGUAAAAAAAAAGCUGCUGGUAAACUAUCUGAGUAUUUGAUAUCCAAACUAGCCAGAAUAGGAAAGUGUCGGUUUUGUUAAGUGAAGCAAUUGGCAAAUGGGACUGCCCUGAUUAGUAUUCCCAGCAAUUUGACUAGCAAUCUGGAUUAUGGUUCUCCCUCUACCAACAAUCCCGUGUAAAAUGUAACAAAGACAUAUAUCAUUAACUCUUGAGCCUGAAGUCGGUGGUAUUAUCUUCUCAUCAAGUGGAUAAAUCACAUUAUUAUAUUAUUGAAAAAUGGGGUUUGAGAGGAGAUUAUCUUCUACAAACUAAAAUUUCCACCUCGUCAAUAUUGUUGAUGAUCGUCACUCUAUCUAACUUUACAUUGAUAGAUAUCAUUUUAUAGGUUCAUCGAUAUCAAUGGAAAGAUAAUUCCGAACAUGUCUACGAAAAUGCGCCGAGUUUUUUUCACAUUCUUGAUGAAUAUUCUCAGAUUAAAAGCCGGAUAUGAAGCAUUAAGUAAAAGGAUCCAACAAGCUGAAACGGAAAAACUGCUUUCAGUCACAGCAUUAAAUUCCCUGCUUCCCCUCCAUUUGACACAACAUACGACAUGCAAAAUUCUCCACAAAAGAGAAAAAAAAAAAAAAAAGGAAGAAGAAUGACCCAAAUUUCCAUUUUGCCACUACACGUUUCUCCUGUUCACUUGCCAAAUAAAUUGCCUCUCCUCUAUUUAUACACCCUUCUCUUCCAAUCCCCCCUCCCAAACCCUCAGAACUGAAAUAAUCCUCCCCCAAAAACAAAAACAAAGUCAGAAUCCCCAUUCUUCCUUACUUCAAAUUCCUCAAACAGUACUCCUAAAAUCAUCGUCACCAUGUCUCUCGAUACUGCCAGGACCGCCGUUGGCAUCAUAGGGAACGUUAUCUCACUCUGCUUGUUCCUCUCGCCGGUGCCAACAUUCGUCCAAAUAUGGAAGAAGAAGUCGGUGGAGCAGUUCAAACCCGACCCGUACCUGGCGACCCUGCUCAACUGCAUGGCCUGGGUGGUGUACGGCCUCCCCGUGGUCCACCCGAACAGCACCCUCGUCCUCACCAUCAACGGCGGCGGCACCGUGAUCCAGCUCGUCUACAUCGCCGUCUACCUCGCCUACUCCGACCGCAAGAGGCGCGUCAAGGUCCUCUCCCUCGUCCUCCUCGAGGUCGCCUUCGUCGUCCUCCUCCUCGUCCUCGUCGUCUCCCUCGUCCACGACCUCCACAAGCGCGCCGCCAUCGUCGGCGUCCUCUGCGUCGUCUUCUGCACCAUGAUCUACGUCGCCCCUCUCUCCGUCAUGAAAAUGGUGAUAAAGACGAGGAGCGUGGAGUACAUGCCGUUUUACCUGUCCCUGGCGUCAUUAGGGAACGGUGCUUGCUGGACUGCUUAUGCAUUAAUCCGGAUCGACUUGUUCAUCAUUAUUCCGAACGGGAUAGGUGUGUUGCUGGCGAUGGUGCAGCUGAUCCUGUACGGGGCGUUCUACAAAUCGACGCAGAGGCAGAUUGCGGAGAGGAAGGCCGGGGAGAAGGGUAGAGAGGUAAAUUUGGCGCAGGUGGUUGUGGACAGAGAAGAAGAUGGAGCUAGCAUUAGCAAGAACAAGGCAGGCAAUGGUGGUGGGGCUAUGUGAUGAAGCUGGCAGCUAGCUAGGUCUAGAGAUGGAUUAAUUAUGAGUUAAUGGAGUUUGGAGUGUUGUUUAUUAAUUACUGAACCGUAUCAUGGCAGAUAAGAACAUAAAAACGGCUCUGCUAGCUCUGGAAAGGAAACAGUUUUAAGUCCUCAAUUAAUGGAGCUAGCUAGCUAGCUGGCUGGGUGGGUGGCAGUACUAGUGGAUGGACCAGCUUCUGUUAAUUAUCUGUGUUUGUGUUAAUUGGAAUUUGUUUUGUUCAGAAUGGGAAGUUAAUUAUUGGGAAAGUGAAGGGAAGGAUUCAUUUCCAGUGGUCCAGAAUGGGGGUUUCUUUCUUUGGGUGGUUCAUUGUUUCUCUUUAGCUGCAGCAAUUCAAUUGUGUUUCUGAGACUGAGGAACACGUGGGAUUGAGGAUGUUGGUUGGGUUGAUGAGUUAAGGUAAUUAUUAUGGCUGUCAAAGGUUAUUCACUGUGCUGAUGUUCAUAAAGAAACUUCAUAUUGCAUUGACAUUCGAAGAAAAUUUUAGGUCCGUUCUUUUUCGGUAAACCUAGGCCCAUAUAAGCUUGACCGUAUGGGUCAGGGAGAUGAAUCGCGAAAAUACAACAUCGAUCGGAUCUUUCGUUGAAAAGGUCGCUCGAAACUUUUUGUUUGUUAAGCCCAUGACUCACUUCAUUGUUUAAGAAGACUCCUGUUUUUUUCACCAGUUGUGAAAAUGAACGAAUGAAUACUGU